AUGCAGAAUAAGGAGAAUUGUGAGCCCAGUCGUCUCCAAAGACCAUUUGCAACUCCAAGCAUGAUUACAGGACCACAGCGUGUUCUGGUGAAGUCACAAGCUGAGACGAGCAAAAAUGUUGUCACAGGUCCAGGAAGAGAAUGUGUUGGCUCAUCUUCUACUUCUCCACCCAAGAAAAAAAUUUCACUUGAAGACUUUGACAUUGGUCGGCCGCUUGGAAAGGGGAAGUUUGGCAACGUCUACCUUGCAAAGUUGAAGAAGGUGGAAGCCGUUGUAGCACUGAAGGUGUUGUUUAAGUCACAAAUGGAGAAGGAAGGUGUGGAGCAUCAACUCAGGAGGGAAAUUGAGAUUCAAUCCCACCUCAGGCAUCCAAAUAUCCUGCGCUUCUACAAUUAUUUCCAUGACCAGAAGCGGGUUUUUUUGGUGUUGGAGUAUGCCCCGCGUGGAGAAAUGUACAAAGAGCUACAAAAAUACGGACGGUUUGAUGAUCAGCGAACUGCAACGUACAUGGAGGAGAUAUCUGAUGCUCUCAUCUAUUGUCAUGAGAGAAAAGUCAUUCAUCGGGACAUCAAGCCAGAGAAUCUUCUUCUGGGCUUUGCCGGAGAGUUAAAAAUCGCUGACUUUGGUUGGUCAGUUCAUGCACCCUCUCUAAGACGCCGUACUAUGUGCGGGACACUGGAUUACCUUCCUCCAGAGAUGAUUGAGGGGCACACUCACAGUGAGAAGGUGGACUUGUGGUGCAUUGGAGUCCUCUGCUACGAAUGUUUAGUCGGCAACCCACCUUUUGAAACUGCCAGUCAUGCAGAAACUUACAAAAGGAUUAGCAAGGUGGAUCUAAAAUUCCCAUCAGUCGUCUCUGACGGUGCACGGGAUCUGAUCUCCAAGCUGCUUCGCCACAACCCCAAUGACCGUCUCCCUCUUCGAAGUGUCAUGGAGCAUCCAUGGGUGCGGACCAACUCUAACAGAGUUCUUCCUCCAGCCUGUCCCUCUGAGAAGUCCUAA